CUUUUCUUUACAAUCUUUGUGACAACAUGAAAGUUUCUGCUACUUUUGGAAUUCUACUCGCAGCUGCUGCCUCCAGUGUCUUCGGUGCCGAAUAUAAGCUUCGACAGAUCGGUGCCUUGAACACUGAGAAGUUCCGGGUUUAUCUUGAAAAUGAAAAUGGUGUGCCAAUUUCACCGUUCCAUGAUGUUCCUCUUCAUCCGGAUCCUAAAAACGCUACUGUGUAUAACAUGGUUGUAGAGAUCCCUCGGUGGAAAAACGCAAAGCUCGAGAUUGAUCGAGAGGAACCGUUCAAUCCCAUUUAUCAUGAUACCAAUAAAAACGGCCUUCGCUAUAUCGCAAAUAUUUUCCCAUUCCAUGGUUAUCCUGCAAACUACGGAUCUAUUCCUCAGACUUGGGAAAAGCCCGACGUACCCCAUCCGGAUGUUCACACCAAGGGUGGCGAUAACGAUCCUGUGGAUGUUUUAGAUAUUGGUCAGCAAGUAGGAUACCCAGGCCAAGUCAAGCAGGUCAAGCUUCUGGGAGGGUUGCUCAUGAUCGACGACGGCGAAACGGAUUGGAAGUUAAUUGCCAUUGAUAUCAAUGAUGAACGCGCACCUCAUUUGAACGAUAUUAAUGACAUCGAUGAUAAGCUUUUGGCUGACAUCAAGCACUGGCUGACUGUAUACAAGAUGCCACAGGGCAAACCCGAAAACGAAUUUGGAUAUGACGGCGCAUAUCAGAACCACAAAUCCAUCGAGAAGCUUAUGGUAGAAACUCACGGUUAUUGGCAAAUGCUGAUCAAUGGCACAGCAAAGAGCGAAAUUGAGACCGUGAACUUGUCAGUUGAGGGAUCACCUAACAAUGUAGACAGAAAAAGCAAAGAAGUAAAGAAGGUUCCAAAGGGCAACAAGAAACCUGUCCCAGAUGCACCCAUUGACGAAAAGUAUCAAGAGUGGUCGUUCGUUUAGACAGCGAGAAUGCUUUUCGUCUUAAUGCAUAGAAUAUAUCAUUUGUCGAUUCUUAGUACUUUCUGCAUCUUUCUUUUCUCACACCCUAUCUAAAUUGAAGGUGUUAAUAAAUGCG